AUGACAUGCGGAUUAGUGAGGAUAAGACUAGCGAGAUUUGGAAGAACCAAUAAUCCAAUUUACAAUAUUGUUGUUGCAAACGCACACAAGGCAAGAGAUGCGAAACCCAUUGAAGUACUAGGAGUUUAUAAUCCAAUACCGAAACCAAUGACUGUAAAGCAAAGGAAAAGUGGUAAACUACCAACAAAGGAUAUACGCUUGGAUUUUGAUAGAGUCAAGUAUUGGAUUGGUGUCGGUGCUCAGCCAAGUGAUACAGUGACAAAAUUGCUUAAAAAAUGUGGCAUCCUGGAUGAAUCAUGGGGUAAGAAUUUUGCAUCGUCGAGGGAAGUCGUGCAGCCAAGACGGGAGUUAAUGGAAUGA